GUAGAGUUGUAAGUUGUACUUGUAGUAGUAUAUACUAAUAGUAAUAUUAUGCUGAUAGCUACGCCCAGUAUCAGUUGAGUGAAUAAUUUUAGAGCUAGCUGAGCUCACUCUCCUGACCUGGCCCCCAACUUUAUUUGCUAUACUUUUGUUCCAUGUCCUUUUAUGCAUUUAUAUUAUAUUAUACUUGAAAGUUGAAACAUCCAACUCAAACUGACACUCCAGGGUGAUUUUAUUAGGAUAUGAAGAUGGCUUUACGUUCUGGAUCCGAUCUGUGAAUCUCUUAUAUAUUACUUGCUCUUACAGUAGCUGCUGCCUGCUGAUUCAUUGGCAUCAAACAUGAGCGGAGCUGGAGCUGUUCUUGUUGCUGUGGCUGCUGCUAUCGGCAACUUGCUGCAAGGAUGGGAUAAUGCCACCAUUGCAGGAUCUAUUUUGUACAUAAAGAGGGAGUUUAAUCUUCAAAGUGAACCCACAAUAGAAGGUCUAAUUGUGGCCAUGUCACUUAUUGGAGCCACUGUCGUUACCACAUGCUCUGGACCCUUAUCAGACUUUCUAGGCCGACGUCCUAUGUUGAUCAUUUCCUCUGUCCUUUAUUUUGCUAGUUCUCUGGUCAUGCUAUGGUCUCCAAAUGUUUAUAUUCUCCUCUUUGCAAGGCUUUUAGAUGGAUUAGGCAUUGGUUUGGCAGUCACCUUGGUACCUCUUUACAUAUCAGAGACAGCUCCACCCGAGAUCAGGGGAUUACUAAAUACUCUUCCGCAGUUCACUGGUUCUGCUGGAAUGUUCUUUUCCUACUGUAUGGUCUUUGCUAUGUCACUCACCAAGGCCCCAAAUUGGAGACUCAUGUUGGGUGUUCUUUCAAUUCCCUCUCUCAUUUAUUUUGCACUCACGCUAUUCUUCUUGCCUGAAUCUCCAAGAUGGCUUGUCAGCAAAGGCCGGAUGCUAGAGGCCAAGAAGGUUUUGCAACGACUUCGCGGCAGACAAGAUGUCGCUGGUGAGAUGGCUUUACUAGUUGAGGGUCUUGGAGUUGGGCGUGAUACCGCUAUAGAAGAGUACAUAAUUGGUCCAGCGGUCAAUGAAUUCAGUGAGGCAGAGCAGAUCAAAUUGUAUGGGACAGCAGAAGGUGUAUCCUGGAUUGCUAAACCAGUCACUGGACAAAGUUCCAUUGGUCUUGUAUCUCGGAAGGGAAGCAUGGCAAAUCAAAGUGGUCUAGUGGACCCUCUAGUGAAACUCUUUGGUAGUGUCCAUGAGAAGCUCCCAGAAACAGGAAGCAUGCGAAGCGCACUUUUUCCACAUUUUGGAAGCAUGUUUAGUGUUGGGGGAAAUCAACCUAGGAAUGAAGAUUGGGAUGAAGAAAGCAUAGCCAGAGAUGGAGAGGGAGAUGAUUAUGUAUCUGAUGCCAACGAGGAUUCCGAUGACAAUUUGCAGAGUCCAUUAAUCUCACGUCAAGCAACAAGUGUGGAUAGGGACAUGCCUGCUCCUGGCCAGGGAAGCAGCAUGAUUGGUGGUGGAUGGCAGCUAGCAUGGAAAUGGUCUGAAACAGAAGGUGUUUUCAAGAGAAUAUAUUUACACCAAGAAGGUGGUCCAACUGGAUCUAGUAGACGUGGGUCUCUCAUUUCACUUCCAGGUGGUGAUGGUGAUGGUGAGAUUGUCCAGGUUGCCGCUCUAGUGAGUCAGUCAGCCCUUUACAACAAGGAGCUUAUGCAUCAGCAGCCAGUUGGACCAGCCAUGAUUCAUCCAUCCCAAACAUCUGCAAAAGGGCCAAGUUGGAGUGACCUUUUUGAGCCUGGAGUGAAGCAUGCACUGAUUGUGGGGGUGGGGAUUCAAAUUCUUCAACAGUUCUCUGGUAUAAAUGGGGUGCUCUACUAUACACCUCAAAUUCUUGAGCAGGCAGGUGUUGGGUAUCUUCUUUCAAACCUGGGCCUCGGUUCUACUUCUGCAUCUUUUCUUAUUAGCAGUGUGACAACCUUGUUGAUGUUACCCUGUAUAGCUGUGGCCAUGAGACUCAUGGAUAUAUCUGGCAGAAGAACCUUGCUGCUGACUACAAUCCCCGUCUUGAUAGUAUCACUUCUCAUAUUAGUAAUAGGGAGUCUUGUGGAAUUGGACAGUACUAUAAAUGCUUUUAUCUCAACUUCGAGUGUUAUUGUCUACUUCUGUUGUUUCGUCAUGGGCUUUGGGCCAAUUCCUAAUAUCCUUUGUUCAGAGAUCUUCCCUACUCGAGUUCGUGGUCUAUGCAUAGCUAUAUGUGCUCUUACAUUUUGGAUAUGUGACAUCAUAGUCACCUACACGCUCCCAGUUAUGCUUAAUUCUGUGGGCCUUGGUGGUGUCUUUGGUAUGUAUGCGGUUGUGUGCAUCAUAGCUUGGGUGUUUGUCUUCUUAAAAGUUCCAGAAACCAAGGGCAUGCCACUGGAAGUUAUCAUUGAGUUCUUCUCUGUCGGGGCAAAGCAAGCUCAAGUUGCCAACAAUAUUAAUACCUGAGUUUACAUACGACCCAUUGGAUUUUUUUCAAUAUAAAAUUAUUUUGAAUCUAUGAAUAUCUUGUUUUUUUCCUCUUUAGGCACCUUCAUCGUGGGUUGGGAUUUGGGAUUGAGAAAUGAGAAAGUCCAAGGAAACUCGUUAGUCAAUAAAAUUAGAAGCAUCUAUAA